AUGAGCGCAGCUCUCGGGGUGGUACCCGGGUGCUGCCAGUGCGCAUGCUCCUCUUCCCGGAGGGGUCUAGCGGAAAAUUUUGAACCCAGGGGCAAAAGGCGGCCCGGCUCGCGCAUGCGCAUGCGUCUCUACCACACGGCGUACUCUUCCCGCAGGAGCGAGAGGUCGAGGCUACUGGGUUUAAAGCCGGACGAGCUGGAAACGGCGACCGAGACUGAGGGUGGGCUGUGGACCCACUGCCCGUCGCUGGCCUCUUCCUGGGAUGCCACAGGCGGGGCCCUGGACCAGAGCCUCCUUGUCACCGGAGCUGGUGUCGGCGCCCCGGACUCCGAAUGGGAUGAGCUGCUGGCGCCACCUGCCCCAGGCCAGGACCCGGUGAUUUUGAAAAGGAGCCCGAACAGCCCAGGGGAAACCCCCUGCUUCCUUUACCUGCGCUGUGACCCUGAGGCAGGGGAAGAAAUCGUUUCUGUUGGCGUUUUAAGUUCGGCGAGAAACAUGGAGGUGUACGUAGCAGAGGAGUACAGUGGGACCAGUCGGGGCAAGACUGUUCCCGAUGCUCUGGAGAACAGUGAACAUGAAAAGAUUAUCUUGUACAAAAAAUAUCUAAAAUUGGAGUCCUCCACAUAUGCUCGUAAAAUAAAGUUGCUGUCCUUCGGGAAAAAGCAGUGUGUGCUGGUCAGCAGAGUCGUGGUGCACGUGGGGCCGGCCUCAGCACGCCCUGCGGUGCGCUCUCCCGCGGUGGGCGCGGGGGUGGACCUGCAGCGGGUCCAGACCAUCGUGCGGUCCGUGGGGUCCACCUUGUCGCCCGGAGCUCAGCAGCUGAUGAGCAUGGUCAGCUCCCAGCAGCAGAACUGCAUCUCCAUCGGAGAGCAGCUUCAGUCGGUUUUGGGAAAGACUGCGUUCUCUCGAGUGAUGGGCCUGCAGGCGUUGUCCCCGUCGGCAGCCUGGGACGGGUCACCCUCCGCACCUUCUCCCUUCAGAGCUGGGUUGACUCCUGGACACGUGACUGGCGGCCCCGAAGCUCACACUGACCGCAGCGCCCAGCCAGCCGCUGGAGGACCCGUUACAGACCUCAGAGGGUGUACGGCUGUACCGCCAAACCGUUCUCUUCCCGUGGGUGAUCUGAAGAAUGCGGUGUCUUCUCUCCUGAAGAAAGCAAGUGACCGCUCGGGUGCGCCCAGCUCGGAGCUGCUGCCUCUUCUGCAGAGUCUGUGCAGCCACGUGAAUGGGCUCCGUGCGGGCCAGAAGGCCGAGCGGCCGGGCGCCGUCUCCAGGCCCAGUGACGGCAUCGCUGCUGUGGCGUUCGGCGAGCAGCCUGUUUGCUCCUACCUGGGAAAGAUUCUCACUAAAAGUAUGGACCUGCUGGAAAAGAGACUCACGGACCACAUCGACCAGCAAGUCCGCGCCCUCCAGGAGCACAUAGAGGGGAAGAUCACCAUGCUGGCGGACUUGCUGCAGAGCCCCAGCUCCCCCCCACCCCCUGCCGGGCUGCCCCUGAGGCUCUGUGACUCUGGGGAGAGGCUCUCAAACGGGGAGAGAUGAGUGGC